UCCAAGAUCGACUGCAGAAAGCUGGCUUUGUUGUUUAUGUACAGCAUGAAGAGUGUAGAGCUCUGUGCGUGUGAUACACCACAUAGAGUGGAUAGUUACUGGUCGUGGUUUGAAUCCUGUACCCAUCACAAUAGUUUAGUCUAACUGUGAUAAAUACCCGAGGUCAAGUUCGCAGGCUGCAAUCACCCACCGACCUCGCAUGCAAGAUCGACUGCAGAAGGCUGGCUUUGUACAGCAUGAAGUGUGUAGACCUCUGUGUGUGUGAUACACCACAUAGCGUGGAUAGCUACUGGUCGUGGUUUGUAUGCGUUGCUGCCCUGGUAGCUGAAGGAGUUUACCUAAGUAUCACCUACUGUUCUGGGAUAGUUCUACCGGUUUUGAUGGAAGAGUUCAAGCGAAGUAGACAAGAUGUUGCUUGGAUAGGAUCAUUGGCAAUCGCGCUUGCAUUUGGAGCAUCACCGCUGGCGGCUGGCUUGUGUGCUAAGCUAGGCUGUCGUCCAAUAAGCAUACUGGGUCUCUUGGUAAGCUCAGUGUCUUUGGUUGCAAAAUCAUUCUCUUCAUCAUUCUCGCUACUUGUCGUCUUCGGGAUAACAUAUGGCCUUGCGACAAGUUGUAUCCAUGUGUCAAACAUGCUUACAAUCUCACGUUCCUUCGAGAAGCGUAGAGCGCUCGCCACAGGAAUCGUUUCCGCUGGUCCGUCGCUUUUUGUUCAGGGAAUGGGACCUCUCGUCGGGUGGCUGACAUCUACAUUCGGAUGGAGAAGUAUGUACCGGAUAAUCGCCUCGUUUUUUGGCGUAGCGCUGGUUUUGACGUCUGUGAGUUUUGGCUCCAACAUAAAAGAUCCCUCGGAGGAAAAGGUUACACAGCUACAUACGACUGGGAAAUCAGCUCAAAUGGGACAACAAACCGCAAAUGUAUAUGGGCCAGACAUUGCGCAAAGAAAAACGGUCGAUAAAAACGCGACCCUAUAUCACAAUCCGGGUGGGGCAGCGAGACUAUUUGAAGAGGAAAUUCUUCUAGAGAAGGCAGAAACUUCAUCCGUGGAAUGCUCGAUGGAGGGCUUGAAAAAUGACGCAAAAUUUGCGGAGAACUCAUUCGAAGAUCGGCUGCUUGAAGAAAAUGAAAAAUUUCAACUAUUCCACUUCUCUACUGAAGAGAACAAGAAAAUUAAUGAACAAGAAGUGCAGUAUGACGAGCUAAAAUUAGCGGUGGAAAAUGACGGCUCACUUGCUAAAGGGAAAUGGCGUUCCGGCAUCUCUUGUGAUCAGAAUUUUUCAUUCAUAAAGAGACCAGCUUACAUUUGCACUGUGGUAAGCAUCACCUUAUCCGGAGUUGGCAUCUACGCUCCGUUUUUUCAUUUGGUUAAACAUUGCGAGGAGGUUGGGCUGUCGUCAAGCGAGGCGUCCACGCUGUUCAUUCACAUCGGCAUUUCUUCCCUCGUUGGUCGUAUUCUCAGUGGUCAAAUCGUCGACGCCUUCCACAUCUCCCCCCUCAAAAUCCACCAAUGUGCUGACUUCAUUUGCGGUGGCUCCAUGCUCCUUAUAUGGCUCGCGAGUGACUAUUUAUCGUUUUCCGUGUUCGCAGUUGUUUACGGACUGUCGAAUGGGGCGUACGUGACGACAAUGUAUUUGGCUCUGAUGAAUACAGUGGAUGCGAGGGACAGACCGAUGGCGUUUGGCUUAGGGGAGAUGUUAUGUUCUGCUGGGAUUGUUAUAGGCCCUGUACUUGCAGGUUUGAUAGCAGAUAAGACGGGUUCAUACGUAGCAGCGUUCGGUAUGACGGGAGGUGUUACAGUAUUCGCGGCUUUUGUUCCGCUAAUUCUGUUAUGCCGCGCACAAGAGAGAGACAGGGCAGCAUGCCACAGGGUGCCCAUAACUAACCUCGAGGGACUGAUAAUCGUCGAAAGGGAAACCGUCUUAUGAUUUAGACAAAGACAUUAUAUAAAAGGUUUAAUACCAUCUUUAUAAGCAGCAACAAUUCGUUAAUAAACUUUUUUACUGUAAAAAUAACCACCACCAUUAUCAGUCACCAUCAUCAUCACUAUAAUCACCACUAAUAUCGUCUUUUUCAACUCACCA